UAUUCGUCGCUAUUCAAGGUUGUCAAUCAUUUUGAAUAGUGUACAACUAACCUACUGAAGUUUUGACGUUUCCGAGUGACAUUUGCUCUAUGCGUUCUACUAUUCACUUCAACUUCACAUAUUAUCAUAUCAACGGCAUACGGCAUUGUUUCAUUCGGUCUGUAGCGGACUUGUUUUUUCUAAUUACAACUUGAACAAAUCAACGUGAAACGAAAAUCAUGGCAUUCGUAAAUAAAUUGACAAUGUUAAAAAAUCUAACGAGCCAAGUAACAAGAGUCGGCUCACAAGCAAAAUUACUUCACACUGGCGUUCGGCUAUGCACUGCUGACGUUCAGAAACCGGCACCGGAUUUCAAGGGGACAGCUGUCGUACAAAAAGACUUUAAGACCAUUCAAUUGUCUGAUUAUAAAGGCAAAUACUUGGUCCUCUUUUUCUAUCCACUUGAUUUUACGUUCGUGUGCCCGACGGAGAUUAUCGCAUUCAGUGACCGUAUCAAAGAAUUCGAAGCAUUGAACACAAACGUUGUUGGUGUUUCAGUAGAUUCACAUUUCAGCCAUUUGGCAUGGAUCAAUACACCGAGAAAGGCCGGCGGCUUAGGUGAUUUACAAUACCCACUGUUGGCCGAUAUCACAAAGAAAAUCUCCAUCGACUAUGAUGUUUUGAUCAAAGAAGAAGGAAUCGCUUUGCGUGGUCUGUAUAUUAUCGAUCCAAACGGUGUGAUCCGUCAGAAGACAGUCAAUGAUCUGCCAGUCGGACGUUCAGUUGAUGAAACAUUGAGAUUGAUUGAAGCUAUUCAGCAUUUUGAAAAGCAUGGCGAAGUUUGCCCAGCCAACUGGAGCCGUGACAAGAAUCCAGCUACAAUCAAACCAAGUGUAAAGGAGUCGCAAGAGUAUUUCAGCAAACAACAUUCUUAAUUUAUGAAAGUGUACAUUUUUGAUACCAUCCCAAAGGAAAGCCACGAUGAUGCCUCGAUUUGAACCAAUAAAACCAUAGAAAAUGUUAGAAACAA